CACACACACACGCAGUCGCGAGCAGACGCGUUCGAAUCGUAGAAUUUAGCGCAUAUUUCUGAAUGUGCGGGGCAUUUCUUUUGUUUACUCUAGUCGCUGGCCAGCAAUGACGACCAGCAGAUCAUCGGCGUCCGCGUCAUUCACUCGACCGGCUUUCUGGAAGGUGCCCGGUUACGAACUGCCCUCGUCCUACCGCCCACAGCCGCCACCAAAACCGCCGCUUGUACCGCUGCCAUCCCCCUGCAGACGGCGCAGCAGCAGCGGUCUGAAGAAGCGCGUCCGUUUUGCCGAUGAACAAAAUGUGGGGGUGCAAGCGGGCAGCCCAGCGCAGGGCGAACUGCUCCGUGGCGAUAUCAUCUCGAAGAUCGGCGAGUACGAUGCACGCGACCUGAGUCAUGCGGAUGCACAGCAUCUGUUCCGCGGUGCUGGCAACGAGAUUCGCCUGGUGGUGCACAGGGACAACAAAAUCGCCUACACGCAGGGCGGAACUCAGGAGGCAGGUCCUGGAUCGCGCAGCAACUCCACCUUGCCGCCACCCACUCCGGAUCUGUUGCCCCAUCGCGGUCCGUCGCCCUUUUUGCCCGGACCCAGCCACUUUGAAAGGGCCCUCCAGUUGCCAGUGGACACCUUGCCGCAGACCGUGUUUCCCCAGCUGAACUCAUCCGGUGGCUAUGAAGUACCAUCUGCUGUGUUCUCGCCCAAGCCAACCAGGGACCAUCAGCAGGAUGUCGAUGAGGAGCAGGCCGCCAUUGUGAACCAGCCCUACCGUACAACUCCGCUGGUCCUGCCCGGCGCCAAAGUGAAGAAGGAUGCGCCCACGACAGAGUCCUACUUGAGGCACUACCCCAACCCGGCUGUGCGCGCCCACCCAGGACACGACUACCAUGACAGUAUCAUGAAGCAGCGUGUGGCCGACACCAUGCUGCACAAGGUUGUCGGUUCGGAAGCCGACACUGGCCGCGUCUUCCACAAGCAAUUCAACUCGCCCAUCGGCCUAUACUCCAACAACAACAUCGAGGACACCAUCAGAUCCACAGUUCCCUUCGCCACGAGCGAAAGCAAUCGCUUGAAGGAAAGUCCUUUGCAUCGUCCUUUGCCAACAAAACUUAACGGCUAUAAGAAAACUGUCCAGUACGAUCCCAGGAACAGCGAAACCUACAGAGCCAUUCAAGAAGAGGGCGGCUACAGCAACUAUGGCCAAUCCUCGCCACAGGAAGUGACCAUUCCUGUGCAGACUAAGGUCUAUCAGCCCAAUAGAUUGGUUCCAGGAAAGAAACCAGUAUCAGCGCCAGUAUCCCGGCCGCCGUACAAUGUGGUAAACACCCACGAUGAGAACAUACGCCAGAGCGGCUCCUUCAAUCGUCUCAUGUACAGCGUUAUUGGUGCCACCGAGUACUAGAAGGUGCAGCUGCAACACCAGCGACAGCAGCAUCAACAUCAACAUCAAUGCAACAUCUGCUGCAGUUGUCUAUCUCCUAACAUAUUUAGCGGAUUUUUAUGAAAUUCUGUUUAACUUACUCAAUAAAUUCUAUGAAGAACGACAAGAAAUUGUGAACCACUAACACGCUUGAUGAUAUAAUGGAUUGGUAAUCAAUUGGCAUCGAAAUACAAUUAAACACCACUUAACUUCGCCUCAACCUAUUUACACUCUGCAUAUGCAAUAGAAAACGUAUAUAAAUUAAUUAAAUAAAAAAAAGAAAAGAAAGUAAUCUUUGAUUUAUGGCUAUGUUUAUGUUAUGCUGAUUCUAAGUUAACAGCCGUCAGGUGUGUUAAUACCGAGUGAUUCUAGUCAUGGAAUGUAAUAGGAAUUAAGAAUGUUUUAAUUAAUAAAAGUGACUUUGAUUGGAUGAAAGAUA